GUUGAAAACAUUGUCUUAAUAUAGUCCGAGUUAGCAAAUAAGACAUAUAAGCGUUUUCUGAACAGUAGAGGGAGCAGACAACAACAACAACAACAACAACAACAAAAGGUAUUCCCGUGUGGAAAACAGGAAGAACAGUAUGCUUCAUAACUCAUCGUCUAAAGCGAUGAAUAAUUCAGCAUCAGGAAUCCAUCAAGUCAGUCGAAGUUCAACAUACAUAUGCAGCUUCACGGGUUCACAAACCCAAAGAAGUUCCAUCUUAGCUGAUGGCGGCAGAGAAAACGACAGUCUGGAUAGAAGCGGGAGUCAAAGUGCCAUCCGGGUGUUGGAUAAUGAUGGGAAGGACGUCACCCCUCUGCCUCUGUAUCACGCAGAGCCAGAAGUCAUGUCAUCAGAUUCAGGCAAAUUCUUCCUGGAUGAAAUCUUUUCCCGCUCAGGAUCAGAUCUCUCAAAAUCCACUUCAGACUUUAGUGUGCUGUCUUCCAGCUCAUUUACGGGUAGCAGCCUAUCAUCCAGCCUGUCUUCCAAAUCGUCACUGACUAAGGAAACUGAGGCGCUGCUAACAAAAAGAGACAAUGUGAAACAACAUGUGACAGAAGAAAUGUUGGAUGAGGUAGUGGACAUCUGCCUCUCUGAGACUGAUCCUGUUUCACUACUGGACAUACCCAACACCUUUGUGUCAGCGUAUUCUGAUGAUGCAGAAGCUAUUGAGGAAAGAAACAUUCACUAUGCUGAGCUUUGCAAGAACAGAAUGGGCAAUAAUAAGUACGUAGAACGAUCAACGCAGACAUUCAACAGAGCACCCAAAGACAAAUGCAUCCAGAGCGACAAGAUCGUCAGCGUGGAUGACGGAAGUACUGCUACAAUCUGGGCCAUCUAUGACUCUUUCUGUGACCAAAAUAAAAACCCUGGGAGUACUGUGAACACCGGCGAAGGUCAAGAGAAGACAGAGGAGAGCCACAGCAGCAGCACAGGCAGCACCCUAAGCUCACUGUUCGAAAAGGAAAUGUGUGGGAGCAGUUUAAAUGCAGAGCCUGACCCACAGCUGAGCAUGUUGUCAGGGUCAUUCCAACAAAGCUUGUUUUUAAUGGAGAGGAACAUCGUGGGAAACAUCUUUCAACCCAAGCUGGCUGCUUAUAGACAACUGCCCAUAAUAGAAGACCCUGACAGCACAGCGAAGCCCGAGGACCAGGAAGUGAGUGGGGAGGGUGAAGACAGCUCUUCAUCUCCAACUCUGGAACGUCUAUGGGCUUUCAGUUGUGAGCUCACCAGAAGAUGGAACGUUACCAGCAUGGCCUUGAACAAGGAAAACCCGGAUAUCCUGGCCGUGGGUUACGGCGGCUUUGAUUUCAGCAGCCGGGAAAAAGGUCUUAUGUGCUGCUGGUCCCUCAAAAACCCUACGUGGCCAGAUCGUGUCCUCCACUGUCAUAGUUGUGUGACAUCCCUGGAUUUCUCAGCCAACAACCCCAGUCAGCUGGCUGUGGGGAUGUAUGAUGGAAGUAUAGCAAUCUACGAUGUCUACAACAUGGCGUGUAUCGCCAACAGCAGCAAGUGUUCCGAUAAGCACCUGCAUCCAGUGUGGCAGGUUAGCUGGAUCAGACAAAAGAUGAGUUUAUCAAGGCGGGACACAGCAGAAGCUCUCGUCUCUGUGUCGGCAGAUGGCAGGAUUUCCAUGUGGUUCCUCAACAGCAAAGAUCUUGACUGCAUAAACCUGAUGAAGCUGAAGAGGAUUCAAAAUAUUAAGAUGAAAGCUGCGGGGAUGAAGACUGAGACAGAAUGUGUCCUGUCAACACUGACUCCUGGUCUUUGUGUUGCCUUCCAUCCAACAGAUUCCUGUUUUUAUCUGGCAGGCAUAUGGGAGGGCCUCAUCCACAAGUGCUCCUUACCAAAAAGUCAUCAUUUUCUGGACACUUACCAGAAACACUUUUGCCCUGUGAACCACAUUGAAUGGUCUCCAUUUAAUUCUGAUGUGUUCCUGAGCUGCUCUUCUGACUGGACCAUCCAGCUGUGGAAGCAGGACCGCUUCACCCCUGUGCUGAGCUUCACAUCCACCCAGAGGGCCGUGUGUACCGUCAGGUGGUCCCCAAACUGGCCCACAAUAUUUGCAGCCAUUAAUGACCGACAGGUGCAGAUUUGGGACCUGAAUUCAAGCAUACUGGACCCAAUCAUUGUGCAUCAUGCUGCACCUGGUGUGAAGGUGACGUCCCUGCUGUUUGCCAGAGGGACAGACUGUGUCUUGGUCGGGGACACAGAUGGACAAGUGACAGUCUACCAACUCAAAAAUCUCAGUGUGGGAGAAGGCAAGCAGCUGUUGUUGGAGAGGGGGAUUUCACCAAAAAUAAAAGCAUCCCAUAUCCAAAAAGCUCUGGUACAGCUUUUCCAAAACAUCAGCCAGUCAUUGGAACAGAGAUCCACAGAAGUCAAGAUGGGAGUGGACAGUUUGGAAGACAUCGUUGACUCUGCAGUUUCCAUGUAAAAGCUUAAAAAUGUUUUCCAUUUUGUGAUGCCACUUUAAGUUUGUAUUAUCGUGGUUAAUUCUCACAAGGUUAAGUUUAAUUUUGAUUUAAUUAUUGAAGAUUCUGGAAACUGAAGAAAAGUAUCUACAGAGAUAAGAAAUAAAUAUUUCAUUUGAUGUUUUGUGUAGUGUAGUUUACUCUGAUAUUAAACAUGUCCAUUCAUAUUGAACAUGGACAGCCCAGGUACACUUAAGUUAAGCAGUUCGAAGUGCACUUGAGAUCUAUAGACUUGAUCUUGACAAAUUGUAAUGACUUAAUACUGCAUUUCUGGGCCUUAUUUUCAAGAUUCAGGGAGACCCCUACUGGCUGUUCACAAGGAUGUUUAAACAAGGAAGGUUUAAACUGAAAAGCUUCAUGCUUCACCAAAAGCCACUGCAGGACGAGUUUGGGUGUUUUUAAUAAUCUGUGAGACGGAAUAUUCUGCAACAUUUUAUAGGUGGUUAAGAAGACGAAUGAUGUCAUUCAGCAACUGUGCCUUUCUGUAGAAAUCCAGAAAUGAUGAUGUCACCAGAAAGAUAACCUCUCAUACAGGAAUGAAACCUCGGUGUGUAUGUCAACUUGUGAUCUAAACUAGAAGAUUUAUAAAGUCUGCAUGAGAGACAGACACACGGCUGAGAUGUUUUAUCUUAGUCGUCCACAUUUUCAUUAUUAGCAUUGUGACCUAAACUUAAUUGAGUUAAUUCAACAACGGCCUUCAAACACAUUUCUAAACUUUACUUAUACAAGGCUCUUCAGACAGCACACAACACCAGAAACACGAUCAAACCUGAAACAGGUCACAGCAAACUGGAUGAACAGAGUUUGAAGAAAGCCAAACUGAAGCUCACGCUGUUAUGGAAGACAGUUAAUUCAUGGUUUUCCAUCACGCAUAGUGAUGCGGUUUGUCGGUGUGUUUGAGGACUUUGUGGACCAUCUACUCCAUGUCUCCAUGGACUCGAGAAUGCGUCAGCUAACGCGGUUAUUCUGGGUGACAGUGCUUUCUUUCAUUCACGCACUGGCUCUGGCUAAUUGCAUCACGGUCCCCAGACCAGCUGGUAUGUCCACAAAUGACAAAGUCCAGAUCGUGAAGCUGCAUUCCCCUGCGGCAGUGAAACUCUCGUCCUCCUCAUGCGCAGCAGCCUUCUCAACUUUCAGUCUGAUUUCCACACUGAUGCAUCUGCUUCACGGGACUAAAUCAGACUUCAUUCAUUCAUUCCCAGCCGGACAAACACAAAUAAAUAAAAAAAUAAAUAAAUACAUUUUCCUCAAUUACUUUAUGGAGGAAGGAAGUCCAAUCCAAAAUCCUGAAAGACAUAAAUGAUUUAAAAUAUUGUUCAGGAGUUUUGUUCAGGGUAAAAACUUCUGAGCCUUAAGAUAUCAAACAAGUACAUCACGGCUUACAAAACCGAGACCGAGACUUCCUUGUCGUUAAUGUGUGCGGCCUGUAACGCCGCUGACCUGCUGACGCUGUGCCUUCAGACACAAUGGGUGGGUCCACGCGAGCCGCAGUGUAACACGGGUGUGACGAGCAGCGCUGCUGUUAUAUGUUUACCCCGCUGUGAUCUAUGAGUCUGUAAGGUCACGUAUCCUCGCAGAGCCGCUGAGGUAAGCUCUUCUGCCUGCUGAAACUGAAACGCAGCGAGCAGCAACAACAGGGGCGGGAAGAUAUAAAACCCAUGAUGAAAGGUCACAGACGAAGCAUGUGAUCCUCGUCGAGUGGGAGAGGAAACGUGGCCGAGGAUUUUUAUUUUGGGAAGCGCUUUGUGUUUUUGCUUCAGUUUUCAGCAGUGAGCCUGAGAGGAUGUGGGUACAGUUUUGUGGUCACGUGGUCUGGUUUUAAGUCCCUUUUUUUUUCACAUCCAAAGAGUUGUUUUUGUUUUCACUUUGUGUUUCAGGCCCAGUGGGAAGUGAACCUUGGAUUUGAAAGCAACAUGCGAUGUGGUUGCUUUCUGAAGCCCAGCAGCUUUGGGUUUAUUCACUUUUCCACCCAGAGAAUAAAGUACAUAACCUCUGACAGGCAGUUAAAGCAAUAAAGCAAUUCGCAUCUGAUCAUUUGGGUUA